GAGUCCCUCUCCAAGAAAACUUCUAGGGUUUAACGAAGGAUUUCAUUUUCCCAAUCAAAUCAAAUUUAAUCCAAUUCCAGCCCUAGUAUUUCACAAUCAUCAUCAUGUUUACACUCCGUAGAGCUUCAAUUUCUCUCAGAACAAGACUGCAUUCUCUAAGAGCAGUAGCAGGAGCAGCAGCAGCUCCUCCCCAAUCAUAUCAUACAAAAUCAAACAAUCUUCAUCAAAUUUCACCAGAAGAAUCAAAUAAUCUUCACCAGGACCCAUCAAAUCAUCGAAAUCUCUUGAAAAUUCUUGGUGUUGACAGGAAAGAAGAUAAAGAAGAAGAUGAUGUUGGUGAAGAUCUGAGAGAUGGAUUCUCUGAGCUCGAAAAUCCUCCUAAGGAUGAGGAAGAUCCAGAGAAGGUAAGAAGUCCUCGUUUUAAUCUGUUUUAUCUAAUUGCGAGUGCUCAUCCAAGGAAUCUUUAUGCAUCACUUAAUAAGUUUAUCCCAGAAAUUAAGGCAUUAGGGAAUUCAAAGAUUAGGAAAGUAUUCCACAGGCUUAGCGGAAACCAAAUGUAUGAACUGGCAUAUCAAUUAUCAAACUGGUUGGAAAUAAAGAAUUUGGUUACUUUUGAAGAGGAGAGGGAUUAUGCGACUCGGCUUGAUUUGAUUGCCAAAGUAAGUGGAUUGCCAUUUGCUGAGAAGUAUCUGGAUGAGUCGAUCCCGGAGAUGUUUAAAGGGGAAAAAGUGUAUAAGACUCUCUUGUAUAAUCAUAUUAAGGCUGGUAAUGCCAAGAGAGCUGAACAAGUGUUUGAGAAAAUGAGGAAUUUGGGGUUCCCGGUAAGUGGUUAUGCUUGUGAGCAGAUGAUAGCGUUGUAUAGGAAAUUUGAUAAGAAGAAGAUAGCUAAUGUGUUGUUGUUAAUGGAUGAAAAUGAUGUGAAGCCGACUCGGUUUACUUACCAGAUCUUGAUAGAUGUGAAAGGGAAGUCUAAUGAUACACCAGGGAUGGAGGAGUUGGUUCAAGAUAUGAAAAAUGAUGGUUUGGAGUUGGAUGACCAUAUCCGCUCUGUGUUGGCUAGACACUAUAUUUAUGCAGGGUUCGACAUGAAGGCAGGGGAGAUUUUGAAGGAGAUGGAAACGGAAGAUUUGGAGGUAAAAUUUGGGGAGUGUAACCAUUUACUUCCUCUUUACGCGGCUCUUGGUAAGGCUGAUCAAGUUGAAAGGAUAUGGAAGCUUUGUGAAUCAGAUGGCCGUGUUGAUGACGACGUGGCUGGGAUCAGUGCAUUUGGCAAAGUAGGAAGAGUAGAAAAGGCAGAAGAAAUAUUUGAAAAAAGUGUUAAGUCAUCAUCGAAGGGUUAUAUAGCUCUCUUGAAUGUUUAUGUAGACCAUAAGCUAGUUGCAAAAUGUGAAGAUUUGGUAAAAAGAAUGACAAGUGCUAGGCUUCCUAUAGAUCCGAUCCUUUGUUACUCUCUUGUGAAGUUCUAUGUAGAUGCUGGGGAAGUUGAGAAAGCGGACUCAGUUUUGCAAAACGCUUUGCAGCAAGGGGAUAGACGACUGAAGCCAUCAUAUAAGUCUUUCCAGCUUAUGAUGAAUCAGUAUUCAACAAGAGGUGAUAUUCAUAACACCGAGAAGAUUUUUCACCAUUUAAAGCAAACGGGUUAUGUGAGUAACAUCGGGGAUUACCAAUCUCUUCUUCAGGCUUAUAUAAAUGGCAAAGUUCCGGCUUAUGGGUUUAGAGAGAGGAUAAUGGCUGAUAAUUUAAUCCCGGACAAGUUUUUUGACGUACAAUUGGCAGACGUCCACCCUUUCAAGAAGACGGCAAUGUCUUCCGAUUUGCUCGAUUUAGAGAACAUCCUUAGCUGAAGCAUGCCCAGCCCUGCUUGCUUGCGUAGUAACAUCGAGAAGAUUUGUUAUCCUAUGCUCGGGGGGUGAAUAUUGGAAAAAGGGUUGCUGACUUUGAUGGUUUACUUAAAUCUUCGCCAAUGGAGAGAAUGGAUAAGCCACAGGAUCUGAAUUACGGUUACAAACUCAAUGGUGAGGUUAAGAAGAUGGGGCAUACUGUUCUGAUGCCAAAACAUGUUGAUAGUGCCUUUAAGGGAUGCUUUACACAACCUGGAACUUUGUUUCAGCAGCUUGUUGGAAUUUCUGGCAUGGACGGAAUCAGGUCAUUUUGACAGAAAGAUGCAAUAUGUCAGAUAUGUGCCCAACGAGUCAAUUGCAAAAUUAUACCUAAUUCAAAUAGUUCCGAGUCAGAUGCAUAAGUCAAAUUAGACCUCGAUUCAAAUAUCUAAAUUUUAUCUGCCUGUUAGUGACACUGUUAAUCCUUGUGCCACUGUAUUUGUAGUCAGACUACAGUUGUAAAAUGAAAGUAAGGUUCCCUAUAAAUUGGCCAGCCUUUUCCAUGGUCUUAGUCCCGUGUAUUUGCUAUCGUCCUAGAGUUAUGUUUAGUAGCUUGCUUUUCUAAUUUUUUUCCUAGAUGUAUUGAGUACUCAAUGUAGAAUAGAUGCGACCCCUAACAUGACAGGUACUCCUAGCUAGCUGUCUCAUUGUGUCUGCUUAUUGAGUUCAUCCUCUUUAGCCUUCUGUAAUACAAAGAAGUAGUUGCUUUCCUUGGUUCCAAAAUCCAGCUUUAAGACUGCAGGAAACAGUCAUUCAGUUUACUUUACAAAAGAGAAAAAAAAACUAUCUUCAAGUAGAGUGCAGGAGCUUAGACAU